AUGCAAAUCGCAACGGAGAUAUUUUCAAUUUGUCGUACAAUUAGUGUCGUACGUACGUCGGUAACGAAGGCAACGGCGGAGCUAGGAUGUCUUUGGGGAGCGGGUGCGCUUAAUGCAAUCAGGGCGGUAAUUAAACUACCCUUUGAUCCUGCUUGUAGCUACGCCCGGCUUUUAAUUCACUGCGCAAGGAAAGAACAGUGGAAACAAGACUGUCCAAAUGGUCGACUGACGCCAGCCAAAUUCGUCGACAUGUACAAGAUGUUCUUUCCCUCCGGUAACGCCGAAGAAUUCUGUGAUCACGUUUUUAGAACUUUCGAUAUGGACAAGAACGGCUAUAUCGAUUUUAAAACAGAUAGACCCAUUUUGGGUCUAAUCAAUGUCGUGCAAUUUGGUGUAUUGGAACACACCAAAAACGAAAGACACCUGAGCUUAUAUACUGUCCACCUAAGUCAACCGAGGCGAGAUGAAUUCUUGCUGGCGAUCGAUGUCACAUCCAGCGGCACUCCAGAGGAGAAACUGAAAUGGGCUUUCCGCAUGUACGACGUCGACGGUAAUGGGGUCAUCGACAUACAGGAAAUGACCAAAAUUGUCCAGGCCAUCUACGACAUGUUGGGCGCAUGCUCAUCGAACCGGCCCGCCGAUUCGGCGGAGGACCGGGCCAAAAACAUUUUCGCCAAAAUGGACGAAAACAACGACGGCCAACUCACUCAGGACGAGUUCCUUAAGGGGUGUUUGCAGGACGAGGAGCUGUCGAAAAUGCUCGCCCCUUAAUGCCAUUAGAAAGCGGCCGAAAAACAAGCGGUUUUUCGCAUCCAAAUCCAAAGACUUUGUUUGUUGUUGUUGUUGUCGUUGGGUGAACGCACGCAAAAAUAUAUAAAUUUUACCGGUAAAAUUCAUCCAUUUUCCAUCGAACCAUCCAGAGAGCAUUUAUGUCAUAAAAAAGCGCAGGUCGUGCAUGAUUGGUUCAAACAUCGAUAUAUCGUCUAGUUUUUAGUAUGGACUUUUUUAUUUCAAAGGUUUCUCUUUAUUGCGGAUUAAAAACGGCCUUCAUUAUUUAUUUCAGAGCCACUGAUGAUCAAGUCAUAAUAUUAUAUUCUACACAAUCUCAAAUUAAUAAUAAGUAAGUUGUAAGCAGAUGUACAUUUUAAUGUAUCGUUGGUAAGUACCAUAUAAAUGUUAUUUAUUGUUGUUUAUCGUCUAGCACAAAUGAGGAGCGUUUAUUCAAA